UAUCGGCGCAAAAUAGGCUUGGACUUGGAGAGAUUAUUAUGGAGGAUAUUUUUUAUCUAUGGCUACAAUACCUUUAUUUUAAGAGCCGAUAAGAUACCUUUUGAUCUUUUAGUAUGGCGGGGGAAUCUUCAUGAAUUGAUCGCUCACUCGUCGGAGGGAACGGGUAGUGUCAGACUCUUACUGAUUAAACCUAAACCGCAAUGCUACGUCAUCUGCGUUUUGGUGUCGGUGUGUUGCAGUGCGUUGCAAUUCUUCAUACAAGUAGACGAUACCCUAAACAGAAACGGCUGAUCAAGAAAUAGUUUGAUGUUUGAAUGUUUAUACGUGUACAUACAUACAUUCAGAUGUAGGAAAGGAAAGAGCAAGUAUUAAGAAAAGUAGGAGAUGUAAAUAUCCCUAAAUCGACUAGAAUAAGAGCUAAAUCUAACAAGAAUUUCGGGCGCUAAGCGUUACAAAUGUACAUAAUACAGCGACUUAAUCGAGACCGAUCUCCAGACGUCAAUGGUUAAGUAAGUACCUGGAUCAAUAACAAAUUGGAUACGACACAGAAAUAAGCCAAAUGACUAAGUUACUUUCGUUCAACUUUCAGAUAGAUAAAUCAUUCAGAUAAGUAAGGUCAAGAAGUUUAUAUAAUUCCUUUACAAGUAGAUAAUUUUAAGAUUUCUCGUCCAAAAUCAAGUGCUUCUUAAAAUUACAUAAUAAUAGAUACUUUAAUAGUGGAACAGAGCCAGUUAGGUACAGUUAUCUGAAUGAAACAUGCUCAAAAAUUGAUACAAUGAGAUGAGAUGACAAUAUUAGUUGCGGGAUUAGUCAACAAGAUUCACCAGACCACUGAGUUAUCAGGACUGACGUAUGUGAAUAAAUCAUAGUAAAAUCCAAGAUCAUGUCAAGUUCCAGUACAAUAUUCUGCUAGAUAACACGCGACGGGUCAUGAUUUCACGACAUCAGAUUGGAUAUGUGAUUAUGAGAUUUAUUACUCCAGGCCUGGUAUUAUGAAAUCACAGACAAGGAUUUUUGGGAUCGUGGAAGCGUGAUGGCGCACUACUUGGACUAUAGCAGUUUCUCUCUCCCACAACAGCAACGGUAAUUUUGGGAGGUUGUGGUAUGGAUUCAGGACAUCACUAUAUUGCUAGACAGCUUAACUUUUGACGGAGCUAUUUUAUUGCGAUCGUAAACAGAAAUUUGUCGCUUUAUGACUGUAGAGUGUAGAUUAGUACUUACUAUAAAGAUGUUUGUAGCAUGUACUUGUAGAGUACCUAUGAGUGAUCGGGAUACAAUUUAGUUUUGUUUUGGUAUUUACUGCUUUACUUGUUUUUGCCAUUUCGUUUAAGAGCUAAGAUCUUUUAUAUAACAUGAGCAAAGAGGCUGUUUAUGCUUCCGGACAGAGAAUCAUUAGGUACACGUUACAUGCGUUCUCAAUUGAUAUCCUAUGAUAUUGAUACAUUUUUUGUAUUACUAUGCAACAAUAAUUAGAAGAUAUUAAUGACAUUCGGUGGCCCGAGCUUCUAAUAAUAUCACAAGUUUGACCUUACUGGCACAGAAUUCCCACAGUGAAACCGGUAAUAUUAGUCUUGCAUUUCUUAUUACUGUUGAAUGAAACCUCUCACUCAGUGUUUUGUAUUAUUAAAUUACCUAUCAAGGUAAUCAACUGCUACAAUUCCGCCCGAAUAGUUCUGCAGAUCUGUGCCAGUAAUAACAAAAGCGAGUCAUGACAUCGAUAUGAAGUAACAAAAUAACUUAGAAAUGUCAAAGCCUGCCGGCUCGACCUCGCUCCCACUCUCGGACCAACGGUACUCGCUCGCGCUCCGCAGUCGGCGCCUGCGCCGCCACCCGCCGUCCGAGGUCUGUGCCCUCCUCCCCGGCAGCUUGCACGCGUCAUUGCGCUCGCGCUCGCUCCAUACCACCUCCGAGCGCUCGAGUUUUAAACGAAUAUUCACAAAUAACGAACAAUCCGAUUGCCAGCUCCCAGCUCCCUAAUCCUCGUAAUAAGUCAGCCGCGGAAGCACAAGUUUGCAGCGAGAACUUUUAAUGUGACACAUUACCGUAGGUAGCGGCGUGUGACGGAACUUUUAUCAAUACAGCCUUUUACAAGCUCUCAACUCUCCGCGAGUUCAAUGUGAUUUGUGAAAUGUUGCGAAUUAUGGAGAUUUCAUGUUUUCAUAUCGACGCAGUGAUUUUUUAUCGUGCCUGAGUCGUAAAGUGGAAGUUUGUGAAUUAUUGAAGGAGGAACACUUUUGCCAAGUUACGGUGUGAGGACCGAGAAAUAGCGUUAAAGAUACACAACACAGACAAGCUGAAUAACAGGUCAAAAUGCGGCUACUACUAUUCCUGCUAGCCGUACCCUGCAUCGUGGGUCAACAGCAAUGGGUACCCUGUUCGGAGCUGAACGACGACCUUCGUUACCCCUGCCGGUGUAAGGUCCAAGUCGACAGAGCACUGCAGCUGAGGAUCCUGAUGAAUUGCGACAGGGUGGUGUUCCCUGGGGACUUCCCUUCCCUGCCUUAUGGAGCCCCGAUCAUAUCAUUCAGUCAAAGGUUCGCUGGACAACAGACUUUGCCGACACAGAUAUUCUCCUCAUACGGUCUCCCAUUAAAGGAACUCGACUUCUCCCACAAUAGUUUACGAAGGUUACCAGACAGGCUUCUAGCCGGUGUAAGAGGCAACAUCACAAGACUGGCGCUAUCAGACAACCUGCUUGGUGACAACCUGAACCCUAUAUUCUCAACAGCUGAACUCCAUAAUCUGCCAGCUUUGGAAGAACUCGACUUAAGUGGUAACAGUAUUCGAGGGUUGGAAGAAGGACUUCUCAUCGGUUGUGAGGUCUUAAAGGUCUUACGGAUGGACCGUAACAACAUGAACUAUGUUCCUUCAUCUUCGUUAAACGGACCGCAAAUGUUGAAAGUUCUCUCUCUGAGGGAAAACAGAAUAGCACUAAUACGCCAAGGAUCCUUCGUGUCACAAAAAUCCUUAGAAGAAAUUGACCUACAUGCGAACAUGAUUUCAACGAUCGAAGGUGGAGCUUUUAUAGGUCUCGGUGAUUUACAGACUCUUGAUCUGGGUCGCAAUAGACUUUCCAAGUUCAACAGCGAUGUUUUCCAAGGGGCAGAAAAUUUAGAAAAGUUGGACCUCUCAGAAAACUUUAUAACAGACUUCCCAACAGUCGCGAUGAAAUCAUUUGUCGCUUUAAAACACUUGAACCUUUCCAGCAAUAUGAUCACGACCAUUGACAACAGUCACUUGAACCCGCUGAUUUCUCUUGAAGUCCUGGACCUCAGCAGGAACAACCUCGUGAAGCUGACUCCUGGCACGUUUGUUGGCCUGACCGAGUUACGGUAUUUGGACGUCGGCGUUAACGCGCUACGCACAGUCGAAGACGAUGCCUUCGAUGGACUCACAAGCCUCGAGACUCUUCUUCUUCGAGACAACAACAUCCUCCUCAUCCCGGCCACAGCUCUUUCUCGCUUACCCAGUCUUGUUUCGGUCCAUCUAGGAUACAACAGAGUCACAGCCCUAUCAAGUGAUAUAUUAAAAUCCGUCUCAGAUAUGGUCACUUCACUAGUCCUCUCAAGAAAUGUUAUAAGGGAGUUACCGCCUGCGGCAUUCGAUCACUUCAAAACUUUGCACCAUUUAGAUCUGUCAGGAAAUCUACUAAACUCAAUAAGCGCGGAAGUGUUUAGUGGAUUAGAACAAUCACUCCAGUUUCUGUCUAUAAGCCAAAACAGAAUCCUCGAGUUUGUUGGCGAACCGCUUAAGUUUAUUAAUCUGUGGUUCUUAGAUAUCUCAGAUAAUCAAAUUUCAGAAAUACCAGUCGAAGCAUUCCAAUUUAUUCCGAGUCUAUCGCAUUUAAAUUUAAGUAGAAACUCACAUAUGAGCGUUCUUCACCAAAAUGUUUUCCAACAUAAUCAAGCACUAUUGACUAUUGAUUUAAGUAACGUUGGACUGAAAGCACUCCCAGUCAAUUUGUUCUCUAAAAACCUUAACCUGGAACGAAUCUAUUUAUCCAACAACCUUCUACAAGAAGUUUCCGAAAACUCGUUUAAAAAUCUUAGGAAUUUGACACAUUUGGAUUUGUCUUAUAAUAACAUAGUAAAUAUAAGAACACCAGCCUUUGUAAACGUUAUGUCUAUACAAUAUUUAUCUCUAAAGGGUAACCAGUUGAACGCAUUUAAGGGGGAGUUCUUCAACACCGGAACGAGCCUCGAAGUUAUAGAUCUUUCUGACAACCAACUCAGUUACUUGUUCCCGUCCUCGUUUAAAAUCCACCCUCGCUUGAGAGAAAUAAUACUUACCAACAAUAAGUUCAACUUCUUCCCGUCAGAACUUAUAAGUACUUUACAAUAUCUUGAAUUAGUGGAUUUGUCUGGCAAUGCUCUGAAGAACGUAGACGAACUUGAUUUCGCUCGUCUUCCAAAAUUAAGGACUAUUUUGUUAGCAAGGAACGAACUUGAGACGAUAAGCGAAAUGGCUUUCCAUAACUCUACGCAAAUUCAGUAUUUGGAUCUGUCAAAUAAUAAAAUAGAUCGUCUGGGCGAUAGACUGUUUGAAGGACUUAUUCGGUUAGAAGUUUUGAACUUAGGUGGAAACUUGCUCACUGAACUACCUGAAAAUAUAUUUGAACGAUCAAGGUUACACAUGCUCGAGAAAAUUGUUUUAAGUAGAAACUUAUUUGAGCACCCUCCACUAAGAGCUUUGCAAAAGCAGUAUUUCUUCGUAUCAUCAGUAGAUUUAUCUCACAAUCAAAUUAUCGAUAUUCCAGCCGAAGAUAGUGUUAUGGUGAAUAUUAAGAAGUUAGAUUUGUCUUAUAAUCCCCUUUCUGAAAAGACAAUCAAUAAUGUGCUUACUGAGCCGAAAACAGUGCGAGAUUUGAAUCUUGCAGGAACUGGAAUUAAAUCCUUCGGUCAGCUCGAAACACCAUUUUUACACAACUUAAAUUUGUCCUUCAAUAACAUUACUAAAUUAUCUGAAAAAACUUUUACCAGAACGACCCUGUUAGAGUCAUUGGACCUCUCGCAAAAUCAAAUUACUGACGUUACAGGUUCGCUAGCUGUGUCGUGGCCUAAACUUAAAAACCUUCUACGACUUAAUAUAUCUGGUAACCCAAUGGUCAUGAUAAUGGAUGGAAACUUCGAGAACCUUUCCUCACUGCGAGUCUUAGACAUUGGUAACUUAGAAAAAUGUACUAGAAUUGAGAAAAAUGCUUUUAGGUCUCUCCCGAAUUUAGUAGAACUAAGAGCUUACGGAUAUCCUAGGUUAGGAUAUUUUGAUGUUCAGGGUGCGCUACAGUAUUUACUUGCGUUGGAGAAAUUAGAUGUUGAAGUAAAAGAUACGACUAUUGGCCCUGAUCAAUUACAUACGACAUUACAUCCGCGUUUAGAAGAGUUAGGUAUCAGAGGGUCACGGCUAAAAACUGUGUCUUCGGGAGUAUUAGCUGGUUUAAAGGCACCAUCAAUUACCGUGAAGUUUAGGAACACAUCUGUCACAAGUUUGCCACCUGCUCUGCUUUUCCCGUUGCCGAGGUCUUCACAAAUAACUAUAGAUGUAGCUGGAAGUCAGUUGACAACUUUACAGCCUCAGUUAUUAGUAUCAUUAGAUGAUCGACGCGCAGAUUUGUCAAUGUUUGGUUUAGAUACCAACCCUAUUCGUUGCGAUUGUAAUGCUCGAGCACUUAGAAGGUGGUUGCCAAAUGUAGGUGUGAAUGACGUCAGAUGUGAAUCACCUGACCAUUUGUCAGGAUUCUUGUUAGUUGAAAUAGGUGACGAUGAAUUGACAUGUGAAACUAGACGAAGAACUACGGCAACAUCUUCAAGUAGCAUUUCUACUACUCCCCCUCCUCGACUAGUCCGUACUUCAUCAGAGCCUGAUAUCAUUUGGUCCGUAGCACCUUCACACGAUCGACCAAAGAUGGGAGGUGAGCCAAAAGGCGCCCCAGUAGUUGGGGUAGCAACAUCGAACAACGAUGAUAACCUCAUUAUUGGUAUUGUGGGUGGUGUGGUUGCAUUUAUAGCCAUUUUGAUUGUAGCGAUUUGUAUAGUAAGGUUAAGAAUGACAUCGACUUCAUACAGGGGAGGUCCUUUGGCUAACAGUCCAACUGGCGGUGCUCCACCAAUGUGGGGUCCUCCAUGGCCAGGUUACGCUGGCACUUUGCCUCCCCCAUCUAUUUCUAAUGCAACCUUGCCACACAAGAUGCAGUCCGGACCUGGAUCCGUCCGAUACUUGGCGCAGCCACCUCCCGCGCCAUACUUCAUUAGCUUACCACCUCAUGACGAUAAAAUAUAUCGAUAGGAUUUGUAUCACUUUAGUGUUUAAGAUAAAAAACAAGGUAGGUUUUGUAAAUAUAUAGACAUUCUACUAAAGAAACUCAUAUCGUAAUUAUAAUGAAGUAAAAUUGCGCCUUCAACUUGUGCAAAGCUCAUAUCGUUGUAGAUAUCAUUUAAACCCGACUAAUGUUGUAAGCAAAUGUGUAAUAUAACAAUUCCGUAACGGCUUCUAUUGUAUGACUCGGACUAGGUUUGAAUGCAUCUAGUCAACACCGACAGACUUUAACGUAGCUUACUCUGAAUAAUAAAUAGCCUAGAGAACUGGUUUAAUAUACUUGUGCUUAAGUGAAAUAGGGCAAAAUUAUAUUUCUGUAAAAUAGUAUUUAUAUCAAGUUUAAGCGAUGCGCAAAAUUGACCAUAAUUCAUAAUUUUGUUUGGAUGUGGCGAGCCUUCAUCGAUUUUGCGCAUUACUAACAUUAUUUUGUUAAUGAUUUAGUAUUAACUAACAAUAUUUUUGAAAUAAAAUACUUUAAGAUUA